UUUGUUAUAUAGUGCAUUAGUAAAUUAAAUAAUUAAUUUGGUUACUUAAUUAUUGUGUAAUAAAAAAUUAAAAUAUUUGUGUACACGUUAAUAUUUAAUGUAAGAAAUUAAUGCGAUUUUUAUCAUUCGUUUCAGUCUAAAAUGUUUUGAACGUGACACAGAUGACGCAUCAUUCACUCUUUAUGGCGAUUAUUGCCAAUUGCUGUGAAUAAUAUAAGUUUUUUGUGCGUAAUUCGAGUAAAUAAUUGCAAUAAAGUUAUUUUUCCUAGAUUCUUAAGUAGUUCUUUAUAUUUAAAAUGAGUUUCCUGGGGAAAUUAUUCGGCGGGAAGAAGGAAGAAAAGGGUCCAACGACCCAUGAAGCAAUCCAAAAAUUACGUGAGACAGAAGAAUUGUUGGUAAAGAAACAGGAAUUCCUCGAGAGGAAGAUUGAUGUUGAGAUACAGACGGCUAGGAAACAUGGAACAAAGAAUAAGAGAGCUGCUAUUGCUGCUCUCAAGCGCAAGAAGCGGUAUGAGAAACAGCUCACACAGAUCGACGGUACACUCACACAAAUCGAAGCCCAAAGAGAAGCAUUGGAGGGGGCAACUACCAAUGCACAGGUUCUGAACACCAUGCGAGAUGCUGCAAAUGCUAUGAAAUUGGCACACAAAGAUAUUGACGUGGACAAGGUUCACGACAUUAUGGACGACAUCGCCGAGCAGCACGACAUCUCGCGCGAGAUCACCGACGCGAUCAGCAACAACGUGGCCUUUUCCAACGACGUCGACGAGGAUGAGCUCGAAAAGGAACUUGAGGAGUUGGAACAGGAGGAUCUCGACAAAGAGAUGCUGGGCAUCAACGUCCCAACAGACAAGUUACCAGAUGUGCCCACAUCAGAGCUUGUGCAUGACAAACCCAAGCCUAGUAAGGCCAAGCAGACUGAGGAUGACGACGAUUUCAAGAUGUUGGAGUCCUGGGCCACAUAGGUGCGAUGUGAAGUUAUUUAUCGAAUGCUCCUCUCAUGUUAAGUCAUAUAUUGACAUAAGCGAAGCGUGUUGCGUUCACACUUACUGUUAUCAGAUUUAAUUCAUGAUUAAAAAUAAACAUAUAUUUUAAACGGAGAUUGUAACAUAUUAAAAAAAAUAAGUAAAGAAAGAUGCUCUUUAAAUAAAGGGCUCUAGAAAUGUAAAAAAUAUUAAUUAAUAAUUUGAAUGCAUAAUUUCUUUUUUUUGCUUUUUAAAGUCGUAAGAAAUAAGCACUGAUAGCUUAUUUCACAAAUUAUUGUUACAUUUCCACACAUGUAAGAAAUAUGAGUGGAAAUGUGAAUGUAAUUAAAAAUUUUUAAAUAAAAUUAUUCACAUUCUAUAUUUAUAUAUAUAUAUAUAUAUAUAUAUAUAUAUAUAUAUAUAUCACUAAUCAUUAAAAAAUAUCGAGUAAUGUUCUCGUAAAUUUGAAGUUUUGCACAAACAUUUUUCAUGCGAUUUAGCCAUUAAGAAAAAAUUUUAAAGAGAAGAAAGCUCCCUACUAACAUAAUUGAAUUAGAAAAGUGUGAACGCAACAUGACAACAGGUUUUGUGUGAAGGUUGCCAUAUUACAAAAAUAACAAUCAUUCAAAAAUAUAACAUAAAUAGAUUAAUACUAAAAAAAAAGUAUUGGUUAUAUUAAAACUACAGAUAGACAGACGGGACAAUUUAUACAGGUUAAAAUUUGUCCAUUAUCAUAGCAUCCUUUCAGAUUUCAGGUUUUACAAAUUAGUGAAUUUUUUUAUACCACGAUGGUGGCAAACAAACAUACAGCACAUCUGAUGGUCAACAGUCACUGUAAACUAUGGACGCCUGCAAUUUUAGGUGUGUCACGUGCCCGUUACCGACUCUGAAGAAUCUUUAAUAUACCCUUUUUGAAGAACCCCAUACUGUAUUCUCUAUGGGAAACUAUGGCAAGGAGCUCAUUCCACAGUCUGAGCCUUCGCGGGAGGCAAUCCCUCUAAGAGUACAGUGCGGUUGUUUUAAUUUUAAUAAAUAGGUCGCAAUUUAUUCUUAGAGAUAUGGUAAGGUACAUACUGUAUUUUGCUUUUUUGACCCGUUGCUUUAUGAAAAAUAUCAGAUUUUAGGUUACAUACACUCCCUGAAAAGUGAUGAAAAAGACUACAGCAUGGGGUUCUUCAAAAGGGGGGUAAAGAGGUUUCUUCAGGGUCGGCAAUGCGCGCGUAAUACCUCUGGUAUUGCAGGCGUUCAUAGGCUACGGUAACCGCUUACCAUCAGGUGGGCCGUAUGCUUGUUUGCCACCUCAGUGGUAUAAAAAAAAUAUGCCAACCAUUUCAAUUUACCUGUAAAUAAUUUUUUUUUCAUUUAACAGAUCAUAAAGUUAAUAUCAGUCGUGUGAUUGUUAAUUUGAUAGUUUUAGAAUCUCAGCUUACUAUAAAUAGUAGUGUGGGAUGGGAGUUUUUUUGAUGGGUGAAAAUGGUAUGGUAACCCCGCCUGCGCUAACGGGAUACGCUGGCGAAGCACCAGUGAAGGGUGAUAGAUGAGAAUGAAAACAGGCCAGUUAGCCCAUCAUGAUGAAUUCAUCAGGAUUGAACCAUGAUAGUUUCCAGGGAGAACCGCGAGGAGGUCGACCUGGUUGGGUAUAUUAGUAGCAAUGGGAUUCUCAGUCUCCAUUACUAACAAUCCCUUUCACCCCCGUGGGAUGGGAGUUGGAAAUGGGAGUUAAAACUGCCAAAAUAUAACACCCUAACUAUUUAAAAAAAAAUCUCUUAGAGGAUUUAUUUUCAUAUGGACUCUAAUUAUAUUAUAUACAAAUUGUAUAUAACCUGCAAUAAAUAACCGUCAGAUGCGAAUUACAAAAUUAUGAAUCUUAUAAAUUAGCACAAAAGCAAUCUCUAUAUUAACGUGUAUAGAGGUCAAAUUACUUUGAAUCACGACCCGCACUAAAGAUCAUAUUUCUGUUCAACAACUUUUACACAAAACCUCAUAUGUAUAUAUAAAUGUAAUAAUACUAAUUUAGACGGCUUAUGUAUUCUUAAACGGUAUUUAUCGCCUACAAAGCACCAUUAUUAUUAUAUACAUUAUUAGUUCAAAUAUUGAAAGUGAUAUUGAUUGGGGGUUUAAUUAAAUUUUAUAUAUUUUAUAUAUAUAUAUAUAUAUAUUUACGAUUAAUCACUUGGCAAUUUACUAAUUAUUUUUUACACAUGUAUAGUUAAUUAAUUUGUAGCGAAAACAUAACAUGUGAUUGAAAGACUCUAAAAUGAACGAAUGAAAACCAUUGUUCCGCUCAAGGAAUGAUAAAACUUCAUUCUUUUAAUCUGUUUCGAAUGAUAACGUACUAAGACCGAAUCUGUCAAUGUCAAAAUGUCAUAAACCAUAUUAAAAUCAUCUUGUUUUUUUUUUCUUUUAAGUUCUGAACAUAAAUAGGGUUUUGCGUUUUAAAUUCUAUUCAUAUUAUAAAUGCGAAAGUUUUUAACGAUGGACGUAUGAAUAAUUGGAUAGACGAUUGUUCCUGUUUCACUCAAAAACUACUGAAUGUAUUCGAAUGAAAUUUGGUACACGGAUAGGAUAUAUCCUCAUAUCGUCACAGUCGUAGAAUACUGACGGAUCGGACAAAGAUUACAUAUAAAGAUCCGUCAGUAUUCUACGACUAUGACGAUAUAGCAUAUAUAGUACUUUAUAUACUGAUACACACGAGCAAUGCCGCGGUAUAGAGCUAGUUAUAAAGUAAUCUAGUGAAAGAAUUACAAGUAAUUAUACGUGAUUCCAUUCCAGAAUUGAUCCUGGUGCGUUUUUAUUCAAAAAUAGGUUUGGAGAACGACGUUUUACAAUUUUUACGUUGUCUGAUAACAAAAUUAGUUCCACUCUGUUUAAAAUUGAACAAACAUAGCAUGGUAUCGUCCGCGAUUAACCUUAUAUUUAUGGUGUUAUUAUUAUUUUUUUUUAUUCUUAGUCCUAGUUUUCUAACAUAAUUUUGUAAGUUCUGAAUUUAUUCUAUUAAAAAUAAUUAUAAUUAAUUACUUGUAUAGUUUCCUAUAAGUAUGUGAAAUGUAUAUAUUUUAUUUUUUAUUUUUGUGCAGUACGGCUCGUAAUAAUGUAGUUAAGAGAACGAUGGGAUAAUGAAAACGUAGUUAAAUACAUAAUAUACCCGAUUCCAUAUAUUGCUUGAAUAUAUGUAUAUGUAUCUUGGUUUAAAGCGUUAUGCCAAAAGUUGAAUUUUUAAAAUAAUUCAGCUAAUAUAUGUAAGCAUUGCUCAACUACAAAAUGGGAUAUGCAAUACGAGGUACUCAGGGCCGUAUUUAGGGGAGGGCCAUUCGGAUACUGCUCAGAACGUCAAAAUUGACUGCGUCUGAGUGUAAAAAGGGUGAAUGCACCGUCUGUGCUGCGGGCAUUUGCGCCUAUGUCACGCCUAAAAUAUGUGGAUUUUUUCCCGUUGUCAUUGUAGUAAAAUUAUUGUGUUAUUGUCAAGGAUGGCAAGUAUAUUUGCCCGGAACGGCGAAAUAAGUAUACUUUAUUUUAAUAGUAUUGAGUGAAAAUGUAAACAAUCGAACAAUUGGUUUGAUCAUAAAACAAUUUGCUGAUGUCCAAUAGUGGUACAAAUAAAAAUUGGUUAAAUAAGUCCUAUUGGAAUAGAGGGCCUACCAUGAAAUGUUUUCCGAAAUAUCGGGCCCGAAUUUGAUGUUAAAAGUACAUAAAAAUGUUAAAAUAUCGGUCCUUUGUGCUAUUACGAUAGGAUUUAUGACGAACGAAAUGUUCAGCUUCAUUCACUGGGUCGAAUUUUGACGAAAUUGAGUCUGAAAAUUUGGAUUUUCAUUUCAUGGUAAACACCCAUAUUAUAGAUGCGAAUCUUGUGGGUAUAUAAAAGAAUUCCUAAAAAUAUUCUAGUUCGUUUUAUGGACAUGGAAAGAUCUAUUGCGCAAUUAAAAAAUGCUAUGGUUAAGGCAGUAUUACAUGACAGUCGUGAAGUGUGAAAAUGCUUUUAAACUUCAUACGUUCAAACGUAAAUUCCUUAUUAUGUAUUUAUUUCCAUUUUGUAGUCGAACGAUAGCCUAAAAUCUGUAAAGUGGCAGUUUUAUUUUCACCUGGCAUCUAGUGCCUGCAUUGAUACGCGUACUUUUUCUUAAAGUUGUAAACAAUUUUUUGAAGUUGUAAUUUGUGCAUAUGGUACAAUAAAUUUACUUUAUUUAAAAA